UGUGCCACUUCCCUAGUAGCUGGUGGGAGAGCCUGUACCCCCCCCCCUCUAGUCUGGGUUCCAGUUCAGGAGGUCCUCUCCAUCAGCAAAGUUUUGUGCCAACCUGUGCCUUGCUGCUCUUCCCUGAGCCUUUCCUACUCUUCUCCACUCUCUGAGUUUGCCAGUUACACAUCUCCCUCCUACCUGGGAGUAACUAUUGGCUACCUGCCUCUCUAUCCUCAACUUCCAGGGAGUGACUACAGAGUACUUCCUGCAGCCCCUAGCUCCUCUCAAUGCCUAGGCUUACACUGAUACCUCCUGUCCAGCUGAGCCACAGCUUACUGGCUCCUCCUCCAGGUGCAGCCUGAGCAAUUAAUUGGCCCAGCUAGCCACUUUCAAGGCUUUCUGAAGCCUACAUCUCCCUCCCAUGCUGCUUAAUUGACUAAUGGGCCCAUUUGGCCUAAUUCAGCUUCUCUCAGGGUGAUGUGGGGAGUACCAUAUUCCUAUUGCAGUACCAUAUUGACUUAUAACAACUGAACAGGUUACAUCUAUAAUAGGCUUAAAAUGUAAGACUGGUCAGAGAGUGAGGUCGAAAAUGAGAUAGGUGGCUUACUUGCAGACCGAAUAAUUAUUUUGUUUACUCUCAUCAUCGAUAUGGUAUGUAGAUUACUUCCCUCCCUCACAUAUAACUAUAAUGUCUAAACAGCACUUGUCCCAAACCAGCAAGUAAGAGAAGUAAGAGAAUUCUUCAAUUGGAAUUUGAAUAGUUCUUAAUCUUUUCUCUUAAGUUGAUUUGGGAUAUACUCUGACCCCACUUGGCUUUUAAAAAUCUGUUUAAUAUGUGACAACAAACUGCAAUGAUGAUACUUUAAAGUGGACAUAAUAUGUAGAGUAAAGUUCCAUUGUACACUAGAUAAUGUACUAAUGUCUGCCUUAUUCUCACUGUAAAAUAUACUGCAAGUAGUAGGACUUUGACACAGGUCAUCCUGCCAAAACUACCAAUACUUUAACUAAGGGGAACACUCUCUUGCUGGAUAUUAUUGGACAUUCAAACAGAUUUUAUGUACAGAAGGAAUAUUGGUGAAGACACCUAUAUAGUGUGGUAUACUUUCCAUAAAAUCCCAAAGAAUCUGUUCUACAGAGACCAGAAAAAGAAUUUUUCGUUUAACAUGUAGUAUAUUGAAUGAACUUUGAUCAGUACAAGGCUUAUAUUGUGAGCAUAAUCUGUGAGUCUAAGAAGUGAGUACAUAGCUUCAAUUUUUCACUUUCUGGUUCAGGUUUAAGUGUUUACAGAGUCACGUUAUUCUGCAUUGGAAGCAUGGGUAUUCGAUUUGCAAGGCCUGCCUCUCCCUUCAUGCUUUUGAAAAACUCUUGCCACAUACAGAUUCAUUAAUAAGAGCUCACUCUGGUGACAUGCAAACUACAAGUCCCACAAUUCUCAGCAACUGGGGAGUGGUGCAGAAAUGUUUCCAGACUGUUCACAUGGAGAUAAGGGGGCAAUGAAGAAAUAAACAAACUUGCCAAGGUAAAAGGACUGUUCCAGAAAACAUCAUUCAGUGUGAAAAACACCUUUUGGAGUGGAGUAUGUAUGAAAAAGAAAAGUAGUGGAAAGGAAGUGGGGCUCCAGUACAGCUUAUUCUCCUGAAAAUAUUUAGGAAGGAUGGGGUCUCUAAAAUCCUACAGCUGUGAGCAAUGUGGGAAUGAUUUUGUGAGCCACACUGCCUUGAGGUAUCAUUUCAGAGCAAAACAUCUUGGAAAAGUUCACUGUGAAAAAUGUGGUAGGGAAGUUUUGAAAGAGAGACUUCGGGACCAUGAAGAGGCCAAUCACGAAAGGACGAGUCAACAGGUCAACCAUGAAAGGACGAGUGCUGAAAAACAAUGGUGUUUCUGGGACAUGCCUCAAAAAAGGGAAGAAAAAUUUGUGGCCAUGGAAAUGUCUACCUCCUGCAGGAUGUGCCCAAGACAGUUUGGGACCAUCCACAGCAGGGAACACCACGAGAAACAAGAACAUCACUUCACAGCCAGGAGAAGAGCUCAAAUGGCCACUGGAUUUUCAUCUGAUAAUAUUGUGGAUUAUAAAAACCCAACCGAACUAGAGAGGUUUAUAGAAGAAAAGCUUCGACCCAUUCCAGGCCCUGCAAGUAUUGCCUGUGCAACAGAAAUAGAGGCAAUUAUUAAUUUGAUCAAGGAAUGUUUCCCAUUACCAGUAGCUCGUCUAAUCAAGGGAGGCUCGUAUGUAAAAGGAACUGAUACACAAGACUGGUCUGAUAUUGAUGUAGUGCUAUUUAGUAAAGCCUUUGAAAAUCUAGAGGACUGCAAAAAGAAACUGCCAGAAGUUAUAGAUGACCUUGGAAAAAGACUCAAGAAAUCUUCAUGGUCCAGCAGGAUAAUGAUGGCAAAAAGGACCCAAUUAUCCUUACGGUUUCAUUUCAAGUGCCAUAGGAAUCACCACAUUCACUCAUUUGAUAUCAUGCCUUGCUAUGACAUUCUGGGGCCUACACCAUCAACAGGUAUAAAACAGAGCUUUUAUCGCAAGCUUUAUCUCUGUAAUGACACUGAUGAAAUCCAGAUGUACUCAAUGUGCUUGCUGCAGUACCAGGUUGAGUUUAUCAAGACAUCUACCAUGAGGGUGAAAGACCUGAUUCGUUUAGUGAAGCACUGGUUCAGGACUUCAUUUGCUAAACCAACAGCACAAAACAAGUUUCGCAGACUUCCUUCUUCCUAUGCUGUAGAGCUCAUCACAAUCUUCAUCUGGCAGCUGGCCGGGAAACCAGUCUGUUUCAGCUUGGUUCAAGGGAUGAGAGCUAUCCUGAAGUUUCUGGUUAGAUACACAGAAAUGUGCAUCGUUUGGCACAAACACUACAGCCCAAACUGUAUGAUUUUCAAAAAGGUGAUUCAGAAGGAAACUAGGCCAGUUGUUUUGGAUCCUACAAACCCAACAUUUAACAUGUGCAAGAACAGUAAUGCUUGGGAUGAAGUGGCUCAUGUGGCAAGACGGAGCCUCCUUAAGCCUCUUUUUAAUGGUGUGCAAGCAAAGGAGCCCUGGCUUUUUACAAAUGGCUGGUAAAUACAACCACCAUCACCAAGCUAAUACCUUCUCUUAAGUCCUGUCUAAUAGCUUUACCAUGGCAGAAAUAUUGUAAUAUAAAGAAAUGGAAAUAAAGAAGGGGAGGAAGUUUUGUUCUUAUUCUUUAAAUUCUUUGUCAUUUCUUCUGAAUAAACUAGACAAAAUCUGCUCUAAUCAGGGAAUUAAACCAUCUGCUUCAUUUUAACCCUGUGUGAGAGAAGAAGCUAUGCUUACCAUCUCUUCCUUCUGUUUGUAAAAGUUCAAGCACUAGAAUAACGAGGGCAAUAUUUCAUAGCUCCUAAAACUCCUUCCUUACCAGCUUGCUAGAAUUCCAUAAAAGUUGGAGCAUUGUUUACUUAAAAAUGGACCAUGGAAAGAACUGAAUGGUUACACAGUUAAGAUGACUAUUUAUAGCUACAUAGCAUCUGGUGAAACAUUAAUUUGCAAUAGAUCAAUGGUGGAAGACUCUACAAUAGGCUGUCUCUCAAUACAUUGUUAAUAUCUGGAAGUUUUGCCAACCACAUAUCUCCUGAGUAUAAGAUGAAGGGAAGGUUGGAAAUAUAGUGAAGAGUGGAGAUAAAUUAUGUAUCCAGAGUUUACCAAUUGCAUGUUUUAUGGCAGCACUAACCAUUUCAGUGUGAAAAGAUACUGUUUCAUAUACAGGUAUAACAUAAGUAAUUGGGACUACAGCCAAAAGCCUCACCUGAAGGUAAGCUGGAGAGACUGCAUGAAUUGCUGGAAUGCUGGUUGUGGCAGGAGUGCUACUAAGAAUAGGAAAUACAGCAUUGAGUAUGAGAAUUGAUUGUACAAGAUGCUUGAGAGUAAACAAUCUCCCAGGGUCAGGCUAGUGAUGAGGAAAAAACUAGACAGACAGAACUGGAGGGAAACUGAAGUGGGAAAGUAGUCAGCAUCAAUUUCCUCUGGGUACAAUGCUGUGUUAGUUUUAUGACGGUUAAAUCAAAGUAAAUUUAAAAUGACUCUUGCACCAAAUCCUGGAUCUCAGAUGAUGCAGUGGGCUAGUAUGAAGUAAUUUAUCUAUGUGAAGAUAACAGCUCACAUAAUUGAAAGAAAGAAAUUAAAAUUUCAAAAAAAUCAAAUUCAGUCCAUUGUAAGUAUCCUGUAGAACUGGUUUUUUUUUUCAUUUAAAAUAUAAAAACCAAAUUCCUUUGCUAUUUACAAGCUGUUGUUUAAUAGUUUGUGAUGUUUAUCUAUCCAUUUGGAUAUCAGGAUAGACUUUAAACAGUUGUCAUCAAAUAUAAAAUAAAGCAUGUGCCGUUCACUGAUACUGUAAAAACAUCAUUGUACUCUGUGAUUCAUUGUGGUUUGAAAACACAUCCUGAAUGAAGAUUAUUUUUUCUAAGUGGCACAUGCCAAUAUAGACACUAGUGCUUAGUUAAUUACAGUUGAAUUUGUUCUGAGUGUGUGUGAACGCCACCCAGUCUGUCUCCUGAUGAGCCAGAUAAAUUAAAAAUUCAUAGUUUUCCAUUAUCUUGUAUUUGUUUCAAUGACAUAAUUGGCAAGAUUCCACUUCCUGAAAUUUUAAUUGCAUUGGUAUAUGUUUCUCAACUUAAUAUAACAAAGUGUUGCUAUAAGAUUGAUUUCUGCUCUCAGCAGCGAUGUUUUCACUUAAGGGUUCUCUCCAGGGGCAAAAAUAAAUAACUGAGAAUGAAAAACAUUUAAAAACCUUGUUGCUGCUACCCAGCACAGACUUUGAUCACAGGUACUACUUUUGAAGCUGUUUUCUUUUUUAAUUCUCCUAUGGAAGCUCCUAGUACAAAUGAACAGAAUUACUGAGAAAUGGAUAGUGUCUUUUCUUGCCAGUACAAACUGCUCCUUACUAAAUAACUUCUCCCAGAAAUCUUAGCAAAUGAGUCAGGUUUCAGUUUUUUCAUUUAUCAAGUAUGUUGCAGUAGUUCCCAGGGGCCUUCUGAGAAGAGGCCCAGCUAUAUUAGACCCUGUACAAACAGAAUAGAUAUAGUUCUUGCCCAAAAAAGCUUGAAGACAACUGACAUCUUGUCAAGAUUCUUUUCUCUGAAGCUGAACUUUGUUUUACUUAACAGGCUUCCAUCACCAAUACACUAGGGUGAAUGGUUUUCUAGCAGCAGCGCUAUCAUUCUUUCUGCACAAGUCCUGGUUUGCUCUUUCACUUCACAAGGUGAGUACCUUCUUGGACUCCGCUUUACUUUGGAAAAACACCUACUUAAUUAUUUUACUAUCCAAAGUAUUCUUUUUUUCUAUAUCAAAACGUGUGAUCCUUAAAAGUAUUAAUGGCCAUAUUCUUAUAACACUGGGUGAACUAAAUUGGAGCUGUGCUUCUUACACAAGAAAAAUACCAGUUUACGUUAAGUCAAUUCACUAAUUCAUCAGUGAAUUGAAAACUCCCAGUCAGAUGAUUUUGCUGGAAAAAAGGUCUAUAGAAUCAAGCUCUUGGUGGUGACAUAUUAGUUGCAGAUCUCAUAAAUGCCAGUAGCUUAGUUUAUAAUAAGGCUUUUAACAAUACUCUAAAACCUGACCUCUUAUGUAGUAUACCGUGAAUUAGCGAAUAUAGCCUGCGAGUUGUCCAUAUUUUUACCUACCAUGCCCUCUCCCCCCUGUGGGGUAUAUAGGUCUGCAUCUUAUGCAAUUUGAUUUUUACUCCUAUUACAAGAAGACAAGAUCAACAUAAUAAAAUCAGCAGCUUCGAUUUAAUAAUAAUUCAAUAAGAGCGGCAAUGUUGUUGUGUUUACUAAAUUAAAAUAAAAGUUAAAACGUUACUUACUGUGAAGCUACUAAAUAAAUACAUGUUAAUACUUACGAUACUGCAGCUUUAUAGCUGGCAAGUGGCAACCACAUUAAAGACAACCAGAUUCUUUUAUGAAGGUGGCAGAAGUCUCUGCGGGUUAUGUACGUCCGCAGAUAUUCUAAUAUAUUUUUUACACACCAUACAAAAACUGCGAUUAAUACAUGAGUGUGUGUUAUACUUGGAUGCGUGUUAUAUUAGCUAAUUUACAGUAAGUCAAUCCACUCUGAUAUUAAGUUGGCUUUUCUUUUCUUAUUGCAAAAAUGCAAGUUGAAUAUACAAUUUAAGACACCGAAGGUCAGUCUAUACUGCCAUGAGUACAAGUAGACAUCUCAGAGCUAGCUUUAAUUUAGAUAUUUCUGGUACCAGAGCAUUGGGGGCUGAAAGGGUCUUGGCUUCAAUGAAGCCUGUGUUGCCAAGGCUUUACUGCUUUGGUACCCAGAUUAGCUUGGGUAUGUCUGUAUGAGCUGCAUUUACAUUGGGAUUGCAAUGCAGACCUAGUAUUAGACAGAUAUGAUCAAAAAUCCUGUACUACAGGUUGAACCUCUCUGAUCCAGCAACAUCUGUGGUCCAGCAUGAUUUUAGUUAGCUGUACGUUCACUUAUCAUGAGCGUGACCAAGUUUCCCAUGUUGUUUUACAGAUACCAGCCCUGGCUCUGAGUGUUCUGUGAUAUUUGGCUCUCAUUUACCCCUCAAUGUUUUCUCAGAGCUCAGUCAGCACUGGAAAUAUUGGUAAUACUGCUAGACAAUAUUGGCCUCCUAUGGUCCAGUCAACUCCUGAGGGUGCCGCAUUGGAGAGGCUCAACCUGUACUAAAUAGUUGUACAUGCAGUGAGGCUUUUGCAGAAUAGCUGUGUUUAAACUGAACUAUUUUUAUAGUCUAUGCUACUGGAAGAAU